UUUGACCUCUGUCGCUCCUCUCACUCGUCCGGCGAAAUCACCUCCUCCUGCAUGGCGAUUAGAUCUCUUUCCGUUUGAUUUCGUCGAUCGCGGUGAAGUAUCGUCCGAUUUCUGUACGAGAUCGACGGGAAAAGGCGCAGAGGAGCAGCGGAAGUUGGCGUUCUAGGGUUCCUCGUUCGGGAAUCUUCCUGCGGUAUGGUUCAGUCGUCGGACUCCAGCAAGCGCCGAGCUGGUUCCACCCCGCACCCGGAUCCUUCCCCGCCGAAGGUGAAGUUGGAAGUGGAGGAGUCCUUGGACGACGAGCGCAGCCCUCUGCACAAGAGAUCCAGGGACGCGAGCACUUCGAGUCAGCAGGCUCUGUACAACAAUGUGCUUGGGGAACCUGGACCGCUGGGCCUCCGUCUAAGGAAAAGUCCGUCUCUUGCUGAUUUGAUUCAGAUGAGGCUUUCUCAAGCAAAGGCAGGUAGCACUUCUUGCGCCACUAACUCGAAGAGCUCGGAAGUUGGUGAUGCUAAAGAAUCAAAGUCCUCAGCUGCUUCGAGCUCAACUAGCAAGAUCAAAGCUUCGAAUUUUCCUGCAUCAUAUUUGAAGAUUGGGGCAUGGGAGUGUAUUUCUAGAUACGAAGGUGAUCUAGUGGCAAAGUGCUACUUUGCUAAACAUAAACUUGUAUGGGAAGUUCUUGAAGGUGGCUUGAAGAGCAAGAUCGAGUUUCACUGGUCUGACAUUACCACCAUUAAGGCAACAUUUUCUGAAGGUGUCAAUGGGACUUUGGAAAUUGUGUUAGCAAGACCGCCGCUUUUUUUCCGCGAGACUGAUCCCCAACCAAGGAAGCAUACACUAUGGCAAGCGACUCAGGAUUUUACCAAUGGCCAAGCAAGCAUACACAGGAGGCAUCUCCUUCAAUGUUCGCAAACUUUGUUGAGCAAGAAUUUUGAGAAACUUAUCGACUGUGAUCCACGUUUGAAGCUCCUCAGUCAGCAACCAGAGACGAUAUUAGAAUCUCCUUACUUUGACCCUCAGUUCUCAGUUUACGAGGAUCAAGAUGAUUCUAAUCAUUUUCAAGAUGUUAUUAAAGAUAAUUGUGGAACCACUUUCUCGGGCUUUUGUGAACCUGGUUCCCCUUGCGCAACUUCUUCGAUCUCCAAUAAGACUGAAACACGGGAUUCUUUUGGGAGAACUCCUGAUUUUGAUUCGCAGGACACUCCUUCGCCGUGCUCAGGAAUUGAAGCUCGGUCAGGGGAAGAAAAUAUGGGCAAGGAUAUGGAUUCAAGAAUCCAAAACUGGUGGGAUCGAUUGAAACUGCCUGGAAUCAGAGGGUCUAUGUCCAUGACCGAUCUUGUAAACCACUUAGAUCAUCACAUCUCUGAGCAGAUGGCUUCAGGCAACACGUCAUUGCCUAGCAACACCCUGCCCGACAGAGAGAUGCUGGAAGAUAUAGCACACUAUCUUCUCAAUGAUUCCCAGUCUUCUGCUGCUUCAUCAGAUGAACAAUCCAUCAUCUCAAGGGUCGACUCCCUUUGCUGCCUGCUCCACAAAGAUACGGCAGCAGGUACAAAACUAAAUUCCAAAAUGAAAGAUAGUGAUGACACUCAAGCUGGUGCAGGAUCUGACGAAGAACCUUAUUCAACUCCAGAGGCUGAGCUUGCUGAUGGUGCACAACCACCGUUAUCGAGAAAAGAAUCAUAUGGGGAGCUUCUGAUACUUCCUCGAAUAGCCUCGAUGCCGCAGUUUUUCAAUGUACCUGAUGAUGCAGAAAAAUAACCCAGAUAAACCGCCUACCCUUAAUUUUUGUAUAUAUUAGGGUGGCCACUGUUUGCUCUCUGUAGGUUCUGAAAGCCUCAACUUUUUUUAAAAAUUUUUUUUGCAAUGAAUAUGAAAAACACAAAGUGUUUAUGAGAUCCUUUUUGCAACUUCAAAGAAAUUAUUGUACAUUUCUUCCAAUUUGAUGAUUAUGCA